AUGGCCACCUCUGCGACUGACCGUGUGCGCAAGACCAAGCUGCGCCCGCUGUCCAGUGCCACCAAUCUCACCGACUUCACACACUCGACGGCCGACCCAGCUGAUGUAUGCCGCCUGCUCUCCCCACUACAUGCCGAGGUGCAAAGCCUCACGCCAAGCAUGUAUGGCGUCGAGAAGAAGUACGGCCGAACUUACCAUGGCUUCCAUGCUGGAGCCUACCCAUUUCCCAACGACGAGCUCGAAAUAUAUCGCCUGGAAUGGGAGCAUCAUAUCAUAACAGGACUGCUACAAGGCAAACACUACUUCGCGCCGCUGAACACAAAGAGAUCGUCGAGGAUGCUGGACAUUGGUUGCGGCACCGGACAAUGGUGCAUCGCGAUGGCAAAAAAGGCUCCGAAACACUGGCGGGUUGAAGGCAUCGACUUAUCCGCGAUCCAACCCAAGAAAGACAGACUGCCCAACAACGUCGACUUCUGGCUGGACAACAUCCUCAAGACAUCAUGGUGGUUCCCCGAAAAGCAACCCUACACCUACGACUACGUUCACACACGCUUCAUGCACGGCAUCUUCACAGACUUCCGAGAAAUCAUACAAAAGGGCUUCAACAAUCUGAAACCAGGUGGAUGGAUGGAGUCGCAGGAGAUAUUUUCCAAACUCCAGUGUGCCGAAGGCAUGCCGGAAAGUUACCCGCUGCUUGAAUGGUCAAAUCUGCAGGACGAGGCCGCGCACAACCUGGGCCGGCCGUUGCGCAUCGCGGACAAACUAAAGAGGUGGUACCGAGAGGCUGGAUUCGUGGAUGUGCACGAGGAGGUCUUCGCUUUGCCCGUGAAUCCAUGGCCGAAAGAGAACAAGUCGAACAUGUACGGCAAGUUCUGCAUGUGGAAUAUGCUCGUUGGUCUGCACGGAUGGACGAUUGAAUACUUUGUCACCGGUCUGGGCUGGACAUCAGCCGAGGUCGAAGUCUACCUCGCGCAUGUAAGGAACUCGCUCGCAGACGAGAGUGUGCACGCCUACUACAACUUGUAA